UGGAUAUACGCGCGUACGAUGGCGAUGUCGUUGAAACAAACGCCGCCGGCAUCAGAAUGGUAUCGGGAGAUCUGUGAAAACAGAGAGAUCGAUCGAGAAGGGUGCUGCCGGCCUCCUCCUCCUCCUCGAUUCGUUUCCGUAUCAACACGCGGUUGUUCAUACCCUUUCAGUCUAGUCAGGUCAGAACAGGACUGUGGAAAUGGACCUCCUGCCAUUGGGCAAAGUGAUUACAAAAUUGAUUUGUAUAACUUUGGCAGUCGGCUUAGGGCAUUAUAUGCACAUUGGAAUGAAUACAGAGAAAUAUUUUGGGGUUGUUCUAAUGUCCUGGCUAUAGCAACACCUCCACCUAUGACUUCAGGUACUUGAAAUCUUCAGCCAUGAAUAUUUGGUUGUUUGGUUACGAGUUCCCACAAACAAUAAUGGUUUUUGGAGAAAAGCAGAUCCAUUUUUUAUGUAGCCAAAUGAAAGCAUCCUUGCUUGAAGCUGUGACCAAAACGGUUCAAGACGUUGUCGGUGCUGAUAUCGUCAUGCAUGUGAAGUCAAAAGGUGAGGAUGGGAGUACACAGAUGGAUGCUAUUUUCAAUUUAAUCCGCACACAACUGAAGUCACCUGUGGUUGGGUACAUCGCAAAAGAGGCUCCUGAAGGUAAACUCCUUGAGAUGUGGGCCGAUAAGUUAAAGAAUUCUGGACUUCCGCGUGGUGAUAUAACACAUGGAAUAUCUGACAUCUUAGCUUUGAAGGAUCGGAUGGAGAUAAUGAAUGUGAGGAAAGCUGCAUAUUUGUCUGCUUCUACAUUGAAGUACUGUGUUGUUCCAAAGCUUGUGAGGAUCAUAGAUGAAGAGAAAAGAGCAACACAUUCCUCACUCUCGAAGAUGACAGAGAAGGCUGUGCUGGAAGGCAAGGGUGUUCGUUUUAUUUACCUGCCCGUCUGCCAGAAUGGUGGGAAAAAAGCAACACAUUCUUCAUUCUCGGACGAGAGAGAGCAGUCUCUGCUGAGGCUUGAGAAAAUUGAUAUUUGUUACGCGCCCAUCUUCCAGAGUGGUGGGAAAUUUGAUCUCAGACCUGGUGCUAUAAGCAACGAUGAAACUCUUCUGGCAGUGCUAUUGUAUGUGCUGUUGGGUCCCGAUACGCUCAAAUGUUGCUAGAACAUUUCUUAUUGAUCCGACUCCAAUGCAGAUCAGGGCUUAUGAAGUGCUUUGCAUAGCCCAAGAGGCAGCAAUCGCUGCAUUGGAACCAGGUAAUAAGAUCAAUGCCGUUUAUCGGGCGGAGCUUGCUGUGGUUGAGAGGGAUGCCCCCGAACUGGUUAGCAACUUGACAAAAUCAGCAGGAAGAGGAAUCGGUCUUGAGUUUGAGGAAUCGGGAUUGCGGUUAGACGCAAAUAAUGAUAAAGUGCGGAAAGAAGGAAUGGUCUUUAAUGUGUCUCUGGGUUUUCAGAAUCUGCAGGCUGAAACCAGCAACCCAAAGCCUGGGAAUUUCUCACUUUUUCUUGCAGACACAGUGGUUGUAACAGGUGGAAGGUGUGAGGUUGCAACCAAGCUGAUCUCCAAAGCUCUCGAGGAUGUGGCAUACACAUUCAAAGGGGGAUGAAGAGGAGGAGGAGCGUAAUAUCAAGGAAGCUUUGCAUUCAAAGGCAACACUUCGCGCACUCGCGCAGACAAUCAAGAGAAACGUGAAGCACGGGAAGAGCUCGGCCCACCCCGGGCCGGCCCAAAGUUGAAAGAUUGUUCGACAAUGAACCUCUAGUUCUUCGAUAUUAGAAAUGGACAAAUAAUGGAUGCUCUAUCAACAAGCCUUUGCGCCACAAGCCCACAACUAACCAGCCAGUAUAGAGAAUGACUUUU